AUGCUCGAGCGAAUUGAUGAGCAAACCGCAGCGAUGUCACAACGCAGUGAGCGCCUCAAAAUGAUGAAGCUCCAGUAUCAAAUGUACUUUGCGAAAUUGGUGCAAAAUCAAACGUUGCGCUGCAUACAGCAGACGGCUACAGCACCAACAGGACCAGGGGCGAUGACACCCAUACCUGUAUUGGUGCCGCCGCUCCAGACCUUGGCCUCAGCAGGCUUGCCAGCUCAGCAAUGGACUUUCGCCAUGGCCACGCCCACACCCGCUGGCAUGGUAUUGACGACGCCCAGAGGUGCCGCUGACUUUAUGCAGUUUGCUGCUCCGACUGCGACCGUUCAACAACCUUUGUACAUGCCACUUUCGGAGUUCGCACGCCCGAAUGCCAAUCUAUACGACCUGCGCGCCACGUUGCGUGCCUUCGACAAUGAGAACGCUGAUUUGCCGCCUCGCAUAACGCCGGAGCUGACAGGUGAAUAUCAGGCAUCGCCAACAACAACAACAGCAACAUCAGGAACAGCAGCAACAACAACGGCAUCAACUGCCAGAGACAAAAGUUUGCCAGAGCUGAGCAGCACAUCAAGCACACGGGCAACAUCCUCGUUGACAUUUGAUAAAUUGCCAAAGGCGGAGCUGCCCGAUGAUGCCGAAGCUGUCGCAGCUGAUGAUGUGGGCCAACCGCAAGUGCUGCGAAGCAGCAACAAUAACAAUAACAACAGCAGCAGCAACGGGCCAAAUUCACGCGUGACUAAAGCCGAGCAUGAAAAAUUGUCAAGCAUCGCUGCUGUCAAUAAUGAGCCUGAGUCAUCGAUGUCGAUUUCGAUGUCGGCGCCCAGGCAGGAGUGGGGACAAUCGCACAUUGAGGAGAAUCCGCUCGCAGGUGGGCGAACAGGUGAGGUGACAGAUAUUUCCCCCCACUUCGAUGCAAACUUGCUAGACGAAAUCAAAGCAAGUCGUGACGCCCUGGAAAAAGCAUCGGCUGCGGUUGAUGAGCAGCUUGCCCGGAGUAAUCAAUUGUCGCCACCAACAGCAACAACAACAGCAACAACAAUAGCUAUGCGUGCUGAAAACUUUGCUGCUGAGCCGCCAAUAACGACGACGAUGAUGAGUAAGCCCGGCAUGUCGCUGGAGAAUAUUGAAAAUGCCAUUUACGGUGAACGUCUGACAACAACUGCAACAACAGGUCUAUUCGAGAAUUUGGUAACAAAGCAAGAGGUAAAGCCAAUUGAAGAGUUCCCACCUGAGCAGCCACCCCCAACGCAUGCCGAUGUAAGUCAUAUUGAUUUUGGCCAAUACGACAACAACAACAGCAACAUUAGCGAGCCCAGCUAUGCGAGUAUAGAUAGCGGACACCAACAAAAACAGCAGCAGCAGCAGCAAGAGCCGAUUUACAGCGAAAUCGGAAAUCCCACAGACUAUCAGCAAUAUGCGACGGACGCAACAGAGGCGGCAGCGGCACAAGCAACAACAGCAGGUAUGGCGACAGAUGGCAUGCAACAGGACUAUUCCAAUAUUGAUUAUAGCAACUACGACGCCACUGAGUAUGCAGCAGCUGGCUAUGAUCCCAAUGCAUAUCCCGGCUAUAUUUACGACGAGGCCAGCGGUCAAUACAUUGCCGAUCCCAAUGCGCCACAAUAUGAGGCCGAUGGCAGAUACGCUGGACAGGAAUAUGAUGCUGCAGCCGCAACCGCAAACUACGACUAUAAUGCCUAUGCCGAACAGGUGUCGACGGAGCAGCCGGCUGAGGGCUACAGUGCCGGAGCUGCAACAACAACAGCAUACGCUGAAGAAGGCAGUAAUAAUGCCGAACUGGAAGCCGAGUCAAUGGCAGCGACAACCCUGGCCAGCGAUGCCCCGCCUGCUGAAGUUGGCGCUGUUGUUGCCAAGCCUGUCAAACCUACAUCGAUACUUGCGACGACAGACAAACAAGCGGCGCCUAAUGAUGCACAGCAGCAACAGCAGAAGAAGAAGAAGCGCGUUAAUUUCGUUGACAGCAGCGAAACGGAUGAGAGCUCAAGCGCGAAACCAGCACAGGGUGUUCUGGGUAACCAAACUGCAAAAACACCAGCAACAACAGCCACAACAACAAGCACACCAGCGGCACCUUCAGCGCCAACAGUAGGGGGCAGCGAGAGUGAUUUCGAUUUUUCAACAGGCAGCGAGGCGAAGAAUUAG